AUGUCGGCGGCGUCGGCGCGGUUGACUGCGUCCGGCCUCUCGUCCGCGUCGCGCGGCGGGAAGCGCGCCGGUCCAAACACGCCGCGCGCCGUCGUGGCGCCGAGCGCGAUGGGGUCGCGGCCGUCCAGGCGGUGCGUGAGUCGGGUCCAUCGGGCGACGACCGCCGGGGCGCCCUCGGCGGACCUCACGCGAGCGUGGGACGCCACCGUGACGCUCGAGCCGGAUAUCCGGUCCAAGAUCCCGUUCCUGUCGUCCUCCCGACGCGGCUCCGGCGUCGUCGUCUCCCUGGACGGCACCGGCCACCCAUCCUCGCUCGUCGUCGUCACCGCGGCGCACGUGGCGUGCCUGGCGGGAUCGCGAAACUCCAUCCGCGUGCGACGCCCCUCGACGAAGGACGACCGCGAUGGGGCGGUCGCGAGGGUCGUGGGGGUGCACCCCCGGCUCGACCUCGCCGUCCUGACCUUCGCGACCGACGACGACGGCGACGACCAAAACCAAAACCAAAACCAAAACCAAAACCAAAACCAAAACCAAAACCAAAACCGCCGAGCGUGGCUUACGCUGGCGCCCUCGCCCCCGAGCGUCCGGGACCCGAUCGCGGCGCUCGGCUACCCCAUGGGCUGGUCCGGCGCCAUCAAGCGCGCGGCGAACGCGGCGAGGGGAGGCGCGCGCCGAUCGAGUCGGUGGGGCGAGGUACUGGACGGAUUUCCGAAGCGCGACAACAACGUAACAACAAUUACACAUCUGCUGCACACGUCCGCCGUCGCGAGCGGCGAGUCCGGGGGACCGCUGGUGAACGCCGCGCUGGAGGUGUGCGGCGUGCACUCGUUCGGGGACCACUUCACGGGGGGCGAGAGGGACGUGGCGGUGGCCGUCUCGGCGGCGACGCUGCGCGGAUGCUUCGCGCGCGGGGCGGACAAUCUAAGCGUCGGCAAAGCGGGAGGCGAAGCGGGUCGGGAGGACGAUCUGCGUUUGGUGGCCCGCGCGGUGACCGCCGCGGCGCCCGUCGCGCCCGCCGCGUACGACACCGCGGGGGUCAACGCGAUGAUCGUGGAGAGCUCGGACCCCGCGCUGGCGGCGAUGUGCCCGGAGCUGACGCGCGAGCAGAGGAUGUCGUGGAUCAUGUGA